AUGGAUAGUGAUUACUCUGGUUCAGAUGAUAGUGAGGAAGAACAAAGGGACUAUGAGGUUAUAGAAUUUAAAAGGUUAUGUGGAGUGGUUGUGAAAGGGAUAAUAAUAGCUCAUAACUUGCGUAACGCGCGUACACCAUGUCACACUUCGGCUCGCACUGGGCACAAGUAUAUUAAUGAAAUUCUUAAUGGCCAUCCGAGACGGUGUUAUGAUAUGCUUCGGAUGGACAUACCGGUUUUUAGACAGUUAUGUGUUGAUCUUGUUACUAAAUACGGAUUGAAACAAACACGUCAUGUGUCUAUUGAGGAGUCGGUCGGAAUGUUAUUGAUGACUUUGGGUCAUGGAUGUACAAAUAGGCUUGUGCAAGAAUCUUUUAACCAUUUUGGUGAAACAAUUCACAGACAUUUUUAUAAAGUUUUGGCAGCCGUGAUUAAGAUGAGUGCUGAUAUCAUCAAGCCAGCCGCAAACUAUAAUGAUGAUGUACCUGCAUAUAUAUUAAACAAUCCUCGGUAUUAUCCAAUGUUCGAGAACUGCAUUGGCGCUAUAGACGGGACACACGUGAUGGCAUCGGUUCCAUUGAAAGAGCAACCGAAGUACAUUGGUCGAAAGGGAUACGCUACACAAAAUGUAAUGGCUGUUUGUGAUUUUAACAUGUGUUUUACAUUUGUAUGGGCCGGAUGGGAGGGAACUGCACAUGACACGAGAAUUUUUAAUCAAGCGUUAGAUAAUGUGGGACUUCAAUUUCCACAUCCCACGGGUGAUAAAUAUUAUGUUGUUGAUGCCGGAUACCCAACUACUAGAGGGUAUCUUGCACCAUACAAAGGCACGAACAUUCAUUAUCAUAUAGCGGAUUUUCGACGUCCACAAACUAGCGCUAUGCGUGCUCCUCAAGGACCAAAAGAGACAUUUAAUUAUUACCACUCAUCGUUGCGAAAUAUCAUUGAACGGACUUUUGGAGUGUGGAAAGCUAGGUGGGCGUUAUUGAGAGAUAUGCAUGUUGGUUUCACGUACAACCACCAAGUGAGUAUUGUGAUAACAUCGAUGGCGCUCCAUAAUUUUAUUAGGAGGGCCGGUGGGUUUGAUGACUUAUUUGAUAUGGCACAACAAGAAUCUUACAAUCCCAGAGGAGGUGGUACUAGUGACAAAGUUCACGCAGAAGUUCAGGCUACAAGUCGUACACAUGGUGAUGACCUGCAUAUGGCAGCGAUCCGAGAUAUCAUUGCGCAAGAUAUAAUGACAUUGCGGGGAUAA